AUGGAAAAGUUAGAUAAACAUUUUGAAGAGUGGAUUAAUGAAUCCCCGCCUGAUGACGAGAUCAAGGAAAUGUUGGAAUUACUCAGAAUAAAACAGGAGGGCACAUUCCGGGUACUGAAAGGUAUACAUGACCACGAAAGAGAUGAAGUUGCAAACUUACAAGAAAGGUUAAAUUUGCUACGUGGAGAAGGAAAGAGAAAAUCGACUCCUACCGCCAGUGCUGGUAAUGUGCCAGUCGAGACGGCGAUGGAGGCUCUCAACACAGCCCGCAGUUCCGUUAUCAGUACUCUCUCAAAAGGAACAGAAAUGAGCGUGUUAGCCAGAGAGGACUCUGAACUAAUACUGACGAUUAUCAAAACAGUGUUUAAAUUUGUACAAGAGGAACAACAGGAACAGGCCAAGAAAAUAUCAGAGCUUCUACACAUGGAUAAAGGAAAUCAGAAUAAAAUCCAACACCUUCAACGGUCUCUAAGCUACGAUAUCGAAAAGGCGUUACUGGAGGCUUUUUUUGAUGACGUAUGGAUGGAAAAAAUAUAUCAUCACGGCGCUUCCAAAUCGAGUCUGAUUACAACAAAAGACAACGUAAAUGUAAAAAUGAAGGAUUUUGUUUCGAAGUGCAUUCAACUUGUGUGGAUUAUGUUACUGGAAACGCCUUCCUUGCAAUUUUGUUGGGAGAAAUCAAAGUUACAUUAUCGGUAUUAUGGAGCACAGGGAGAGGUCGAUCGCGGAGAUCGAAUUAUCCUGCCAGCUAUAGUUGUAGCAAGCAUAUCGAAAGACGAUAAAAGGAGUAGCGUUAUUAAGGGUAAACUUCAACGCGAGGAUGAGCUGGGCAAAUCUCAGAAUCGGAGUACAUGA